GUGGCACAAUAUGGUUGUGUGCAUGUAGAGAACGAUAAAUGGAUGGUGAAGACAAACGAAACGAAAAAAAAUAACGUUUGACAGUGCGCAUAGCAUGUGCUAAAAAUGUGUUUCCCCUCUUGCAAUAUUCUAUUUACUGACGAUGAUAUGCUGAGCACAAAACGAGCGAGUGAGUCGAAAAUAAGCAACGAAAGCGGGAUGGUGUUUCGGUUAUAUUUCCAUCGAUAGGACAAAUAACACACAUUAGCACACAAGGCAAAAAUUCAUACUGUCAAAAAGUGAAAUAAGGAAAAAGAAGGCUUUUUUUCUCUUUCUUCCUUUUUUCUCCCCCUUCACACAAAACACUGUAAUAGCGAAUAAUUAGUGAACAAAACUUUUUUUUCUCGUCUUCUUUCAUUUUAUUAUGUGUUGUGUUGCUGUUCUAUUUUAUUGCAUUAUUUAAUAUGUGUGACUGCAUUUUUUCCUGUUUCCAUUUCCGAAACUCAGUGACUCUUUGAUUUUUAUUAUUAAAUUAAGUAAAUCAUGAAAAAACUCCAUUAAAAUAUAAAGUCACCGAAACAAUUGUGUUUCAUCGAUAACAGUGGCAUAAAAAACACACACAAAAUAUGGCCGAUAAACCACCGUCAACCUCUUCACUUAUGCAAAAUGGUCAAAAACAACAGCAACAAUCGCAUCAACAGCAGCAGCAAGAAAAACAACAGCACCAUUGCUGUGAAAUUUGUGGAAAAUCUGGUUUGACGGAUGACUCGAUGCGAGAUCACAUGAAAAUAUGUCACAUUGAUGGAAGUGCACUUUGUCCAUUUUGUGGCAUGAGCGGAGUGGCACCCGCUGAACUGUUAUUACAUGUCAAUCAAGCACAUUUAGAUUAUUUAACGCCUGAAAAUGAACUUAUGAGCUUUAUCGACGACCAGAGUCCGAGUAUUGAUGGUGAUUCCGAUUCACUAUCCGAAUUUCGUGAUAUAUCUCCGAUGAAAUCACCAAUAAUUGAUGAAACGGCAACGAAUAUCUCAUACAAAAUAAAUGGAUUUUCUCACAAUUCAAACGCUUAUCAAUCAAGUUCAAAUGCUCAGCAAAGCAAUGGAAGACAACCACAGCAGCCGCAAACCAAUCGAAAAGAGUCGAACGACUUUUAUAAUGGCAAAGAAAACCAAAAUCAAACCAAUGGCACUGAACUUUCAAAUGGAUUCCAUAGCUCACCACUUCGUUCACAAUUGGGAUUAAAUUUGAAAUCAUCAACGACAUCCGUUAAAAAGUCAACGAAUCUCUUAACGUGUCCAAUUUGUCCAUAUACAUCUGAAGUUGCUGCGGUUUUAGAAGAACAUAUAAAUCGUUUACACUUUGAUCCACUUAGUCCAUCGGUAACAAAUUCAUCGCCUAGUUCCUAUUUAGAUACGUUAAAUGCAUUCGCAUGCCCUCUUUGCGCGCGAACAUUUGAAACCUCAACCGAUUUGGAAUUGCAUGUGAACAUUGAACAUCGAGACAUUCUUAGUCCCGGUAACAUCGAUUCGAAUGGUUGCGCUGCAACCGCAACGAAAGGAACGACUCGUAGUUUAUGUCCGGUUUGUGGAAUCUCAUUGGAUGACUUUAGCACCGCUAAUAUGGAAUUGCACAUCGAAAAACAUUUUGCAAAAAGUCCACAAAACCAUAAAACUGAACCGGAUUUGGAAAAAGAAGCGCAAAAAUUACGAGAACAAAGAGAAUUUGAAAUGUUACGAGCACAAUAUGGAAUGGAUAAUCAAGGAAAUUUUCGCGAACAAUCGGCGGCGGCCAUGCAAAGUGCUGUAUAUGCCGGUGAAAUGAGCGUCGCCGAUUAUUAUGAGAGGCAAGUUGGGCUACGCGCAGCAGAAUCACAUGGCAUUGAUGACAAUACGUCGUGCACAAAAUCCGUUAUUCCGAGGGUCGCUUCGUUGUCGGCAUCAUCACCGGGUGUGGUACGAACACUGCUGUGUUCAAGCAUUGAUCAUUAUGCAUCCAGUUAUGGUGACAAAGGAUGGGGAUGCGGUUAUCGAAAUCUACAGAUGAUGUUGUCAUCGUUGCUUCAGAACACAACAUAUUACACGGCUAUUUGUGCGGCGUGGAAUCAUACACCAACGCGUAAUGCAAUGCCAAGCAUAUCGAAAUUACAAAAAUUAGUUGAAACUGCUUGGGCACAAGGAUUUGAUGUACAGGGAUCAGAGCAACUUGGCUGUAAAUUGUAUAAUACACGAAAAUGGAUUGGUGCCACUGAAGUUGUAACAUUGCUAUCAUCGCUACGGAUAAACUGUCAAUUGGUUGAUUUUCAUCGACCAACCACAUCGGAUGGCCGACAUGCUGAAUUAUUCGAAUGGGUGCUGCGAUAUUUUGAGGAAAGAAAGCAGCAACCACCGUUAUAUUUGCAACAUCAAGGUCAUUCGAGAACAAUAAUUGGAAUUGAACAACGAGCUUCUGGUUUAACACUUCUAAUAUUGGAUCCCAGCCAUGGUCCGAGACAAGUGGCUGCAUUAGGUUCAUCUAAAGACUCUCUGCGAUUGAUUCGCAGAAAUAUGGCUGCAAUGCGAGCACCACAAUAUCAAAUCGUUGCUGUUGGAGGAUUAUUUGAAACCGAGGAACAAUAUCAGGCAAGUAAGAUAUUGCGUUCGUUGCGCAUUCCAGCAGAUUGAUGACCAUUGCUCGAAAUUCGAAUGCUUCAUCUAAAGAUUCAAGUAGAUUCAUUAUUAGAUAUUAGAAGCGUUGAUGAUAAAAACUCGACGAUCCUCAUUUUUGAUUAAUUUAUAACAAAAAAAAAAAACUAGUUGAUUUCAGUUAUUUGACGAAAUUUUUAUUUGAAAAAUCAAUAUAGUUUAUGAGUUAUGACAUGUUUCUAGUGAAAGUGUAAUUGUCAAAAGUCCCCAACAUUUAUGUGUGCGUGAACACAAUAUGUUUUUAUAUGAAUGAUUUAAGGUUGACAUAUUACCAACUUCAUGCUAGUGCUAAGAAUCAUAAUUUGUGAAUUGUUAGAAACUGUGAAAAUUAAAUAAUAAGUGAAUGUUUAUUAAAAUAUUGUUAGUACAAAAAAUGUUUAAAAAUUUAUUUUAUUCUAAACAUAUUAAAAAUGUCCAAAAUAAUUAGUUCAUUUUUUCGAAAUAUCAAAGAAAUUUCAAACAUUAUUUUCAUUCCAAAUCUACAAGUGGCAUGAAGUUGGUUAUGAAUGGUUCGCUCGAUCAGCUGUUUUUUGACAUUUUGUUUUGUUUGUGUGUGAGUAAAAGGGUGUAAGAAACUGCGUUAGGGACUUUAUAAGGGCAUUUGACAUUACCUCUUUUCAGUUGAUUUGUAGAAAAUUAGAAAACGACCUGAACAAUUAAAAAACAACGUAAAAGAAGCGCGAAGUCUUUAACUGAUUAAGAAAGUGAUCACGUGUACAAAUGAUGCGCAUUUAUUUUCGUUCAAAUUGUUGUACAAAAAGUAUAUUAUGAUUAUUUUUCAUUUCCCCAAAAAGGAAUUUUAUAUUGGGUUUAAAAGUAAAUCGAGUCAAGAAAAAAAUCAGAGAUUAACGAGUUAAAAUAAGUAAUACAUUUUAAAUGAGAUUCAAUCACUGUGAACUAUGAAUUUAAUCAAUUUUCUGAUUUAGCUGAGUUUUUUCUUAAAUGCUGUGUUAAGUUUUGAGCUUGUUUUCAAAAAAAGGUGGCUUAAGCUUAAGUAGGAAAUGCGAUAAAAAAAUAUCGAAAUUACGUGUGAAUCAUUAUGGAAGAAACAAAUACCUAUAAAGAAUUGAUAUAUGACGUCAAAGUGGCCUUAAAUAGUUUCUUUUAACUUUUGUCACAUCUCAGUUUGUCUAUGUUCUCUUCUCAUUUUUCUCAAAAAAUUAUUUAUUUCACGAGAAUUCAGCUCGAUGAAAAAACAAAGAUGUUUGUCUUGAGUCAAUUAAUGGGUUUGCCUUGCGUUUUCAUUAUUCAUCACUAUUUUUCAAACUUUUUAAUAUAGAACUGAAUUGAAUGAGAAAUUACCAUCCAGUCUCUCUUGGACAAAAUUCCAAAAACGCCAUUCCAAAUAAAAAAAACAACAUGAAAAAAACUACCAAUGUAGAAGAAAAUAAAAAGAAGAAAUUCAUUCGAAUAGCAAAAGAAAACUAAACAUAUUUUCAUAUUCGAAAUUUAAUAACUGUUUCAUAACAACAACAACAACCAAAAUGAACCCUCUAGUCCGGAAAUCAUAUUCUUGAUUUUAAAUAUAAUAAGACAACAACACGAUAUACAUUCUUUUCCGUUCUCAACUCACGCGAAAUCGCCAUUGUAGGCCAUUUUUUCUAUGGGAAUAACAAAUACAAAGGAAUGCAAAAUCUGUACCCACUCUUUAACAUUUGCGAAAAUAAAAAUCAAUAAGUAUAACAUUUUUAAUAGCAUAUGAUAUGAAUUAAACCAACAAACAAACAAAAAAGAAGUUCACGCACUUUUGCCUUGAUAUGCAAUUGACAACAACAAAGAAAUAACAUGACAUUCGUACACAAAUAACAAUUAAACCAUAGCAAACAACAUUUUGAAUAUAAUACAAAACAACAGAUAUAUAAAUGUGCAUAUUUUCAUCGAAUAUUUUCAUAUGCGCUAUAUAAUGAAUCAAAAAGAAUUUUCAAGACGACACACGACAAAUCUAAUGAAAGAACUUGGCCAAGCAAACAAUAGAAUGUUUUAUUAUGCAAGUUCCUAAUUUAUGGCAAUGCUUUUAAAAAAACACAUACACACAAAUGAAAUUAUCACAGCUUAAUGUCCAUUUUCAUGCGAUAUUCUCGUCCAAGAGAAAAGAAACCAAUUUUGCUUCAAUAUAGCGAGAGAAAGAGAGAGAGAAAAAAAUGUGUAUAAAAAUUGUAAGACUAUUAUGAAUGAAAUGCCAUGAAUUUAACGAUUACAUUCACACUUUACAAACGCGUAGUGCCUGUAUUCACUGUUCUAAUAAGCUUAUCAAUGAAGGAAUUUAACGACAUUUUAUUUGAAUUCAAACCAUUCUAGUGCG